AUGAGUUCAUUCUCAUUUAAUACUUUAAGUAGUUUUGGUAGUAUCACUUCACCAAAGAAUACUAAUAGUCAAAGCCAAAAUCAAAGUCAAAGUCAAAAUCAAAAUCAUCAGAAUGUAUCAGCCACAGUAAAUUCAAAUGAUGAUUAUGUGGUGGAUCAAUCUUCAAAUAAUAGUGCAAGUGUAAAUGUAAAUAAUAAUAAUAUUAAUAAACUUAAAAAUUAUUCAAUUACUGAUGCAUAUAUAAAUAAUAACUCAAAUAAUAAUAGUAAUCAAACUUUUGAUUUUGGGGGUAGAAGUUAUGUGUCCAUGGUUCAUCGACCAAGUAUAAUUUCAAAUACUAUAUCUCCACAAAUUAAUACUGGUAUUGAAGUUCAUGAACAAACUGCAAAUUUAGCUAAUAUAGGUGUUGUUGAAGGAGAUUCAGAAGAGUCAGAUGAAAAUUUAAAUAAUGUGGUAAUUGAAGAACCAAUACUAGAUCAAAAUGAAUCAAUACAUUCAAUCUCAAAACCAACUCCAAUUAAUAAUAGAAAAAGUUCAUUUCAAACUUUUACAAGUACAACUCCAUUAUUAUCGUCAUUAUCAUCAUCACCAAAAAAAUUUUAUGCUGAAAAUACACAACAUUUUAAACCUGAUUAUGAGCAAGAAGUGGGUAUAAAAACAACAAUACCGUCUAAACCAGAUAAUGAGGGUGCUGAAGUACUGUCUAGUAGUAUACCAGAAGAAAAACCAGAACCAUCAACAAUACAUCAAUUAAUUAUAAAACCUUUUAAAUUUAUACCCGGCGUCUUUUUAGGAACUUUAUUAAAUAUUUUGGAUGGUUUAUCAUAUGGUAUGAUUAUGUUUCCUGUAAGUGAUCAAGUUUUUAGUGGGCUAGGUCCCGUUGGAUUAUCGAUGUUUUAUGUUUCAUGUAUUGUUUCUCAAUUAGUUUAUUCAUUAGGUGGUUCAGCAUUUAGAGCAGGUAUUGGAUCUGAAAUGAUUGAAGUUACACCAUUCUUUCAUACAAUGGCCUUAGCAAUAUCAAAAGAAAUGUCAACAAAUAAUGAAGAUGCAAUAAUUGCAACUACAAUUACAUCAUAUGCAAUUUCAUCGAUUGUUACAGGUUUAGUCUUUUUUUUACUUGGUAAAUUAAAAUUAGGUAUAUUGGUUGGAUUUUUCCCAAGACAUAUUUUAGUUGGUUGUAUUGGAGGUGUUGGUUAUUUCUUAAUUGCAACUGGUAUUGAAGUUAGUUCAAGAUUAGAAGGUGGUUUAAAUUAUGAUUAUGAAACUUUUAAAGAUUUAUUUUUCAAUUAUAUUACAUUAUUAGAAUGGACAAUUCCAAUAAUUUUAGCAUUAUUUUUAGUUUUACUUCAACAUAGAAUUCAUAAUUCAUUAAUGGUUCCACUUUAUUUCAUUACUGUAUUUAUAUUAUUUCAUUUUAUUAUUUUAUUAAUACCAAAUUAUACUUUGUUUGAUGCAAGAAAUGAUGGUUGGGUAUUUUUUGCAGUUGAAGAUGAUGAACCAUGGUAUAGUUUUUAUACAUUAUAUAAAUUUCAAUUAGUUGAUUGGUUUGUUAUAUUAAGACAAUUACCAACAAUGUUAGCAUUGACAUUUUUUGGUAUAUUACAUGUUCCUAUAAAUGUUCCAGCUUUAGCUGUUUCUGUUGGAAUGGAUGAAAUUGAUGUUGAUAGAGAAUUGGUUGCUCAUGGUUAUUCAAAUGCAUUAUCUGGAUUAGUUGGAUCAAUUCAAAAUUAUUUAGUUUAUACAAAUUCAGUUUUAUUUAUUAGAGCAGGUGCUGAUGAUAGAUUAGCUGGGGUAAUGUUGGCUAUUGCUACUGGUAUAGUGAUGAUGGCAGGCCCCAUUGUAAUUGGUUAUAUUCCAGUUUGUGUUGUUGGUGCAUUAAUUUAUUUAUUAGGAUAUGAAUUAUUAAAAGAAUCAAUUUAUGAUACAUGGGGAAGAUUAAGGAAAAUUGAAUAUACUACAAUUAUAAUUAUAGUUGUUACUAUGGGAGCAAUCGAUUUUGUUGCAGGAAUUGGUAUUGGGAUAUUAUUAGCUUGUUUGAGUUUUGUUGUUGAAGCAGGUAGAACACCAGUUGUUCAAGGUAUAUAUUCUGGAAGUGUAGCUAGAUCAACAGUUUUAAGACAUCCAAAACAACAAGAAUUUUUAAAAAAUGUUGGUGAACAAAUUUGUAUUGUUAAAUUACAAGGUACUAUAUUUUUUGGAUCCAUAGGAGGUGUUGAAAAAGAAAUUAGAAAAAUAUUUGAACACGAUAAAUUUAAAUUAAAUCCAAUUAAAUAUUUAAUAGUUGAUAUGAAAGGUGUUAUAAGUUUAGAUUUUUCAGCAGCUGAAGGAUUUAGAAGGAUUUUAAAUUUAACAAAUGAAUUUAAAACUCAAUUGAUAAUAUCAUCAGUUGUUGAAGAAGAUGAUACAAUUAAAGGGUUAAGAGAUGCUGGAUUAUUUGAUGAUGUAAUUGUACCUAUUGAAUUAUUUAGUUCUUUGAAUUAUGCAUUAGAAUGGUGUGAAAAUACUUUUUUAAAAACUUAUAAAUCAGUUAAAAAAAUUAAUCAUAGACAAGUACCAACAAAUCAAAAAAUAAAUACUCAAUCACAAAAUAAUUCAUUUAAAUUUAAUGAAUUUGGUACACCAAGAACAACUCAAGUUUAUCAAGCAGCAAGUAGAACAGUUUAUGAUGAACAAAAAUUUCAAUCAAAAUAUCAUUCAAAUUCAUUAUUUAAAAAACAACCAUUACCUUUAAUUAUGAUUACAUUUCAAGGGUUAUCUAAUAAAGAUACUGAAUUUUGGUCCAUAUUAGCACCAUAUUUUAUAAAAGAAACAAUACCUGAAAAUUUACAAUUUUAUGAUACAUUAAAUGAUGAACCAGCAUUUUUUAUAGUUGAAAGUGGAUUAAUUCGUACUGUAGUCAAAUUUGAAAGUGAAGGUAGAGAAUUACAUUCAAGUAUAUUACCAUUAGUUGCAUUUGGAGAUUUAGAUGAUGCUUCACAAUAUAGACAAUUUACCUAUACAACAGUAAAUGAUUCAAUUGUAUGGAAAUUAUCAAAAUUAAAAUUAAAAGAGAUGUUGAUUAAACAUGGAUCAAAAGGAGAAGAAAUAUAUCAUGAGUUAUUGGAAAUCGAAGCAAAAUUAAUCAGAGAAAGAUUUGAUACAAUGACUGCUAAUUUAAUAAUAACUGGUUAA